AUGCAGCGCGCUCUCUCCUCCGUCGCCCGCUCCUCUCUCUCCUCAUCCUCCCCAUACUCCAGAUCCACCGGCAGGAGUUUACAGCAACUGCGGUUCGCUCACAAAGAACUCAGCUUCGGUGUUGAGGGACGUGCUCAGCUGCUGAAGGGCGUGGAGACUCUGUCAAAAGCCGUUGCUACCACCCUCGGCCCCAAGGGUCGAAAUGUCCUGAUUGAAUCGAGCUAUGGCUCCCCGAAGAUCACCAAAGAUGGUGUCACUGUCGCAAAGGCCGUCACUCUAAAAGACAAGUUCGAGAACCUCGGCGCCCGUCUGAUACAAGAUGUUGCUUCCAAGACCAAUGAAGUGGCCGGUGACGGUACAACCACCGCCACCGUUCUCGCCGGUGCCAUCUUUUCCGAGACUGUGAAGAACGUAGCUGCUGGAUGCAAUCCGAUGGACCUGCGAAGAGGUACACAAGCAGCCGUCGAUGCCGUCGUUGACUACCUGCAACAGCACAAGAAGGACAUCACCACAAGCGCAGAGAUCGCACAAGUCGCGACCAUCUCGGCCAAUGGCGACACACACGUUGGUGACCUCAUUUCCAACGCCAUGGAAAAGGUCGGUAAAGAGGGUGUCAUCACCGUCAAGGAGGGAAAGACGAUCGAGGAUGAACUUGAGAUCACCGAGGGCAUGCGCUUCGACCGCGGCUUCACCUCUCCAUAUUUCAUCACCGAUGCCAAGGCACAAAAGAUCGAGUUCGAGAAGCCUUUGAUUCUCCUGUCCGAAAAGAAGAUCUCUGCCGUCCAGGACAUCAUCCCUGCUCUGGAGGCAUCCACCCAGCUCCGCCGCCCUCUGGUCAUCAUUGCCGAGGACAUUGAUGGCGAAGCAUUGGCUGUCUGCAUCUUGAACAAGCUCCGAGGCCAACUGCAGGUUGCUGCUGUCAAGGCCCCCGGCUUCGGUGACAACCGCAAGAACAUUCUGGGAGACAUUGGUAUCUUGACCAACGCCACCGUCUUCACCGAGGAGCUGGACAUCAAACUAGAGAAGCUCACCCCCGACAUGCUCGGCUCUACUGGCAGCAUCACAAUCACCAAAGAAGACACUAUCAUCCUGAAUGGAGAAGGAAGCAAGGACGCCAUUGCUCAGCGAUGCGAACAGAUCCGUGGUGUCAUGGGAGAUGCCACCACGUCCGAGUACGAGAAGGAAAAGCUGCAAGAGCGUCUUGCCAAGCUGUCGGGCGGCGUUGCCGUCAUCAAAGUUGGAGGCGCCUCUGAAGUCGAGGUUGGCGAGAAGAAGGAUCGUGUUGUCGAUGCUCUCAACGCUACUCGCGCUGCCGUUGAGGAAGGCAUCCUGCCCGGCGGUGGCACUGCUCUGAUCAAGGCUUCUGCCAACGCCCUGAAGGACAUCAAGACCGCCAACUUCGACCAGCAGCUUGGUGUCAGCAUCAUCAAGAACGCCAUCACGCGGCCUGCGCGCAAGAUUGUCGAGAACGCUGGCUUAGAGGGCAGCGUUGUCGUGGGAAAGCUGACGGAUGAAUUCGGCUCCGAUUUCACCAAGGGAUUUGACUCGGCCACUGGCCAAUACGUCGACAUGCUGGCCAGGGGUAUCGUGGAUCCCCUGAAGGUCGUCCGCACUGCUCUCGUGGACGCUUCCGGUGUUGCGUCUCUGCUCGGUACCACUGAAGUCGCCAUCGUCGAGGCUCCUGAAGAGAAGCCUGCCGCACCACCGAUGGGAGGCGGUAUGGGUGGAAUGGGAGGCAUGGGAGGCUUCUAA